CGCCGGAACCGGCUGAGCGGCCGGGGCUCGGCGUGGGAAGCUCGCCUGUGGGUCCGCGGUGGGGCGCUGCGCGGCGGGGACGAGCUCCGGGCCCGGCGCCCGGCCAGCAGCUGCCUCAGCAUGGAGAGCCACGCAGGCCUGGCGGCCACCCCCAGGGCGCUGCCUUACUACGUAGCUUUCUCCCAGCUGCUGGGCCUGAUCGCCGUGGCCACGACCGGUGCCUGGCUCGGUCUGUACAGGGGCGGCAUCGCCUGGCAGGGCGUCCUGCAGUUUAACGUGCAUCCCCUCUGCAUGGUCAUAGGCCUGAUCUUCCUGCAGGGAGAUGCCCUGCUGGUUUACCGUGUCUUCAGGAACGAGACCAAACGCACAACCAAAGUCCUGCACGGGCUGCUACACGUCUUCGCGUUCAUCAUCGCCCUGGUGGGCCUGGUGGCGGUGUUCGACUACCACAGGAAGAAGGGCUACGCUGACCUGUACAGCCUGCACAGCUGGUGUGGCAUCCUCGCGUUUGUUCUCUACUUCGUGCAGUGGCUCGUGGGCUUUGGCUUCUUCCUGUUCCCCGGAGCUUCGUUUUCUCUGCGGAGCCGCUACCGCCCGCAGCACAUCUUCUUUGGCGCCACCAUCUUCCUGCUCGCUGUGGGCACAGCUCUGCUGGGCCUGAAGGAGGCGCUGCUGUUUAAACUUGGGGCCAAGUAUAGCACGUUUGAGCCUGAGGGCGUCCUGGCCAACAUGCUGGGCUUGCUGCUGGCCGGCUUCGGCGUGACUGUGCUCUACAUUUUGACUCGCGCUGACUGGAAACGGCCACCCCAGGCGGAGGAACAAGCUCUCUCCAUGGACUUCAAGACGCUGACCGAGGGCGACAGCCCCAGCUCCCAGUGACGGCCUGCCCUUGUCCCACGGGGAGGGUCUGGCUGCGGCUGGCCUCCUCAGUUCCGGGAGGUUCUGAUAGGCGUCUUUGCCGUGCCCUGUCGAGGCCAUCUUUAGGCCGGGUGGCUCUCGGGGAGGGCUCGGCAGUGUCGGUAGGGACCGUGGGGGCAGCGUUCCCCCUCGAGCGCUGAUUUCUGGGGUUUAGGGCUUGACCUCCUCUACUUUCUUCUCCUUGCUGCUGCUUUAGAGUCCUGUUAGUCAUGCACAGACCCCUGCCCCUGUUGUCGCUGUCACCCCCUCAAAUCAAGAAGCUUUGGGUAGAGUUUUGGGUGGUCAGUCCUGGUCACAAAGGCACAGAUCCCUGAAGGAGAUGCAGGGUGGCUCUCCCCUUGAGGCAGCGGAUGCUGGGCCGUGUCCAGUGGCUGCAGAGAGCACAAGGCUGUGGGAUAAACUGGGGCUUAGCGACAGGCCUGGCAAGGCCAAGACUUGCUUUGUGUAACACUGAAUUCAAACCAGGAGUCUCGCUAGUCUGAAUAACACGGUGGUGUGAAUGGGCCCAGUCUUUGGCAGUAGAGCAAGUGAUAUUAUGUGUAAAAUAUGUUGGUAUUCGGAGCGAGGUUCCCCAGGAGAGGGGAGGGACUGGCCCCUGGGAAGCUCUGGAGAUGUGGCUUCGGCCCAGCUGUGCUCUUGGCCUCCCCUUUCUUCAGUCCUCAGCCCCAAGAUGCUGUGCUGGGAGAGGGACAGGGCACAGGACUGAGACAAACUGUACUUGGCGGCCGAGAGAAGGGGAAGGAGGUGGCCCCUCGCACUGGCGGGCUGGGUGGUGGGCUGGCCACUCCCUGCAGGGGCCCGGGCCACCAGUGCCCCCGGUGUCCCUGCCCUCACAGGCUGGCUCUGACUCGAGGCCGAGGGCAUACAUCUUGUUUUUUUUUUUUUUAAAUUUUAACGUUUAUUUAUUUUUGAGACAGAGAGAGACAGAGCAUGAACGGGGGAGGGUCAAAGAGAGAGGGAGACACAGAAUCUGAAGCAGGCUCCAGGCUCUGAGCUGUCAGCACAGAGCCCGAUGCGGGGCUCGAACUCACGGACCGCGAGAUCGUGACCUGAGCCAAAGUCGGACGCUUAACCGACUGAGCCACUCAGGUGCCCCUGUUUUUAUUUUUAAACAAAAAACUGCCCUGUUGCUCCCUUUCCCUUUCAGUGGGGAAGGCAGGGCCGCCUGCUUCUGUCCAGGAGGAAAGCCUCAUCCCCUUACCUGGGCCCAUCUUUGCAGGAGGUUGGGACGGAGUUGGAAUUGGGUUAAUUCCCCCCAGCUGUGUAAGUGUGUUAUGCUGCCGCCUGAGUCACUCUUUGGAUUCAGUCUGGAAGUAACGUGAUCAGAGCAUUGACCUUGUGCUUCUUGGACUUGGGGAAUGCUCUCUUCUUGUUUUCCUCAUUUUCUGGGCUUUGAGGAAAUGACAGUUUGAGACAGACACAGCUUACUUAAGUGAAGAAAUGAAUGAGGUUUCUAAGCCCGGCUACUGUUCUGUAAAUGGUUGCCUUUUUCUCACCUAACCGCUGCCUUAGAGAAAGGGGCUGGCCGCUUCUGAUGCUCAGAUUUCUAACCCUCCGCUUUGCCACAGGCCCUGCCUUAGGCAACAACGCCAGUUCUCCCAGCAGGUGCCUGCAGGUCCGGAGCCCUCCCUAGCAGGGCUGCCCAGGUCCCUCGGAGCCUCUCCCUGCCUCCCUUGUCCCAGCCUCCCUGCCUCCGCUGCAGCUUGUCUGGAGGCUACACCGCGUGCUCCGCCAGGAAGGGGCUCCGUCAAUUCUUUCACCACCUGGCUCACGCUGAAUAGCCAGGUAUUUUACAGCUGGAGAGACUCCUGCUUGGACAAACUACCAAAGUACAACUGCGUAUCUACCCGCCCCCCCCCCCACCCCGCCUCAGAAUGCCACUUAGAGAAACGGAACCUUAAAUUUGCAGUAAAAAUCUGUAAACUGGUCUGUUUGCCAACGUGUAUGUUGGAUGAUUAAGGAGGCCCCCUGAAAGCUGAUCCACUGUGGUUUAUUUUACUUUGCCUGUGUCCAGUUGUCUGUGAAGUACAAUGUAGUGUCGGUGCAACAGAUGAUUCAAUAAAUGUCUACAGCUGA